AUGGGUUCCAUUCCUCGCGAAGAGACUCAGGUCGACCUGACCAUUAUCGGCGGUGGACCGACGGGUCUUCUCACUGGAUACCUGGCUGAAUCGUUGGGUGCAACCGUCUGCAUUAUUGACACCAAGGAAGGACCUUUGCAGCUCGGCAGAGCCGAUGCUAUGAACGCUCGCACUCAGCAGGUUCUCGAGGUCGUUGGUGUUCUCGAUGAGCUUAUUCCCCAUGGCAUCACCUGCAACACAAGUUCAACCUUCGCAGAGGGUGACUUCAAGUCUCGCCAAAGCCAUUGGUGGACUGGUCUUGAACACUGCUUCCGCAAGAACUUCUUGAUGCUCGGCCAGCCCGUCAUCGAGCAGGUGCUUGCCGAGAGACUCAAGACGAAGGUUUCUUACGGAGAGACCGUUUCAUCCAUUACUGAGGACAAAUCUGGCGUCACCGUUACCACAAGCAAGGGUCGCACUAUCCGCAGCAAAUACGCAGUGGGAGCCGACGGAGCCCGCUCCACCGUCAGGAACGCCCUGAACAUCAGCUUUACUGGCACGAAGCCGGAGAUGGUCUGGGCCGUCCUCGACACCUUCAUUGACACUGAUUUCCCGGUCUGCUCCGAGAUCAUUACCUUCCAGCUCAACGGCCAAAGCCGAGUAUCAUGGAUCCCCAGAGAACGCAACAUGGCCCGUUUCUACAUCCUCCUGGAUGGCGAGAUCACGCAAGAGAAGGCGGAGAACUCGAUCCGGGAGCACAUGGCUCCUCACAGGAUCGACUUCAAGGAGACCGAGUGGUUCAGCACGUUUGAUGUGAAGGAGCGCAUUGCAGGAACCUUCGUUUCCCAGAACGGCGACGGGCGCAUCAUCUUGGCGGGUGAUGCGGCCCAUGUCCACUCGGUGAACGGCGGCCAGGGUCUCAACACCGGUGUAGCUGACUCGUUCGCCCUGGCGUGGAGGCUGGCGGAGGUGCUCACCAACGACAAGCUCAGCCAGGCUUCCGUCGAGAAGCUGAUCAAGAGCUACGACAUCGAGCGGCGCACCGUUGCCCAGAACGUCAUCGACGUCGCCGCGGCCCUGGUCAGAGACACCGUCCACACGGCCAAGCAGUACGUCUCCACAAUCGAGAAGAACGCUGGGUACAUCACAGGAAUGGGCGUGUCUUACGACGGCACCGGCUCGCCCUUGGUCCAAGGAUCCACGCAAGGCAUCUGGACUCCUGGACGGAGGUGCCCGGAUGUCUACCUCACGCCCUCGUCCGAACAAGAACCGAAGCGCCUGUAUGAUCUCCUCGCUGGCAAGUACGGCAAGCAUGUGGUCUUGAAGAUUGGGCGGCAGGAGACCGACGGACCCGCCCCGGCAGAUGGUCUGAAGGACGUGGCCAGAUUCUUCAGGGUCACUCCCCACAAUGCGGAGACUCGUACCACGAGCAUUGAAGACUCUUCAUCUCUGUUUUCAGCCGAGUGGGUUGGAAGCGAUGACGAGUUCGUCGUCGUUGUCAGGCCAGACAUGUACAUUGGCUACGCCGGCCAGGGCGAAGGGUGGAAGGAAUACCUCUCCUACUUGACUCAGUAA